AUGACGAGUCAGACGGUGGUGGGGAGCACCCGGAAACCGAGCCCCUACUUCCGCGCCAUGUUCGCCGGGCAGCUGCGCGAGAGCCGCGCCGAGCGGGUGCGCCUGCACGGGGUGCCGCCCGACAUGCUGCAGCUGCUGCUGGACUUCAGCUACACCGGCCGCGUGGCCGUGAGCGGCGACAACGCCGAGCCGCUGCUGCGCGCCGCCGACCUGCUGCAGUUCCCGGCCGUCAAGGAGGCGUGCGGGGCCUUCCUGCAGCAGCAGCUCGACCUGGCCAACUGCCUGGACAUGCAGGACUUCGCCGAGGCCUUCAGCUGCGCGGGGCUGGCGAGCGCGGCGCAGCGCUUCAUCCUGCGCCACGUGGGCGAGCUGGGCGCCGAGCAGCUGGAGCGCCUGCCCCUGGCGCGCCUGCUGCGCUACCUGCGCGACGACGGGCUGUGCGUGCCCAAGGAGGAGGCCGCCUACCAGCUGGCGCUGCGCUGGGUGCGCGCCGACCCGCCGCGCCGCGCCGCGCACUGGCCGCAGCUGCUGGAGGCCGUGCGCCUGCCCUUCGUGCGCCGCUUCUACCUGCUGGCCCACGUCGAGGCCGAGCCCCUGGUCGCGCGCUGCCCGCCCUGCCUGCGCCUGCUGCGCGAAGCCCGCGACUUCCAGGCGGCCCGCUACGACCGCCACGACCGCGGGCCCUGCCCCCGCAUGCGCCCGCGCCCCUCCACCGGCCUGGCCGAGAUCCUGGUGCUCGUGGGCGGCUGCGACCAGGACUGCGACGAGCUGGUCACCGUGGACUGCUACAACCCGCAGACCGGCCAGUGGCGCUACCUGGCCGAGUUCCCCGACCACCUGGGCGGGGGCUACAGCAUCGUGGCGCUGGGCAACGACAUCUACGUGACCGGCGGGUCCGACGGCUCUCGGCUCUACGACUGUGUGUGGCGGUACAACUCCAGCGUGAACGAGUGGACGGAGGUGGCGCCCAUGCUGAAGGCCCGCGAGUACCACAGCUCCUCCGUGCUGGACGGGCUGCUGUACGUGGUGGCCGCGGACAGCACGGAGCGCUACGACCACAGCACCGACUCCUGGGAGGCCCUGCAGCCCAUGCCCCACCCCCUGGACAACUGCUCCACCACGGCCUGCCGCGGCCGGCUCUACGCCAUCGGCUCCCUGGCCGGCAAGGAGGCCAUGGUGAUGCAGUGCUACGACCCUGGCGCCGACCUGUGGUCGCUGGUGGACUGCGGCCCGCUCCCGCCCUGGUCCUUCGCCCCCAAGACCGUGACGCUCAACGGGCUCAUGUACUUCAUCAGGGAUGACUCUGCCGAGGUGGACGUGUACAACCCGACAAAGAACGAGUGGGACAAGAUCCCGGCUAUGAACCAGGUGCACGUGGGCGGCAGCCUGGCGGUCCUCGGCGGGCAGCUGUACGUGUCGGGGGGUUACGACAACACCUUUGAGCUCUCAGACGUGGUGGAGGCCUACGAUCCGGAGACCCGGGCCUGGAGCGUGGUGGGCCGCCUCCCCGAGCCCACCUUCUGGCACGGCAGCGUGAGCAUCUUCCGCCAGUUCAUGCCCCAGACGCCCUUGGGCGGGCGCGGCUUUGACCUGGACAGCGGCAGCAGUGACCUGGACCCCGGCCGACCCCGGCCACCACAGGACCCCAGCGAGCUGCACUAGCGCUGGCCUGGCCCUUGGUGGGCCUUGGUGCAGGUAACCGGCACCUCUGGGGGGCCGAGACCCCCUCGUGCGCGUGGACAGGCGGGGCGUCAGCUCCUGGGCCACGAGGGCCCGGGGAUCUGGCGCCCCGAGUUUCUAGAGCGUGGGCUCAGCUGCUUGGGCCAAGGCCUGUGGCGAAGUCCUGCAGCGCAGGUCUCCAGCUCCGGGAAGUCGCCCAGCUCACCGGGCAGGGCCCGGGGUCCUUGCUGGCCGCUCCUCUGAGCCCCUCCUGAGAGCCUGGGGGCCCUGGAGGUCCGGAGCCAGGAAGACGGUGGCCACAGCAGGGGCCGGACUCCACGGCCUGCUCCCCGGAAGAGCAGGCCUGUCUGCCCCAGGCCCCCGCCCGGCAGGGGUCUCAGCAGAACACCCCUCAGGUGGCUGCGGGGGGUGGGCCCAGCCUGGGCAGUGGGUGGAGCAGGAGCGUGGUCCUCCACGGGGUCCCCCGCCUCG